AUGUCCUCACAGCUCAGGGUUGGCCAUAUCUACAGUCCUCCCACAGCUGGGAAGGAUGCAACUAUCUUUGACUGGUUUAGUCACUCACAACACAUAGUUGAAACCCUCAAGGGGUCUUUCCUCAAGGUGGCUCACGUCUUACCUUUGGAAGCAAGUGUGUUGGCCGUGGACGCAGAGAAUUGCUAUGAGUCUGUAUAUGUGGAUAUGCGCCAGCAAGCAGAUCUAACACCAUUCACCAUCCCAAACGGCUGGAAGCAACUCUGGGUAUAUACGGACAACGACCUCAUUACAAGGCCUGUAAUUCAAAAAGACAUGGAGCCAGGGCACUACAUCGCCCUCAUUGAUCAUUGUUCCUCUGUCAAUGGCUCUCAGUACAGUGACAUUCCAAGCCAGAUUGACACUGGGUUUGAUGGAACAUUUUUGGAUGACGACUUUUUGUCUGCAAUCAGUUUGUUCAAGGGCGAAUGGCCAUCCGCAGAUACAUCAACGUAUGGGGUUGGAUUCCCAACAUCUACUACAGGAAAUCACAUGCUCCCUUCAACCUCUUCCGCAGUGAACAUGGAGUUACCCACUCCAGUUCCUGUAAGGACUGAGGCAGAAUAUAAUGCAACACCUCCUGAUUCGUUGACUUUCCUUUCAGCACCGACUACUGAUAUCGCUUUGGCGAGCAGCACCGUGCCAACCUCACAAUAUGUUAUGUGUGAUCUGGAUGUCUUUGCAAGAGGUAUCAGUUACACCACCGAGAGCCUCCAAAGUACCUUCCCUAAGGCUUCUGCGUGCAUCCGUGAUGCCAGUAUCCUCGCUAAGCAGCAGUUAACUAUUAAUGGGUCACACCAAACUUCAUUCUGCACGGAUUGUAAAGAUUUCAUCGUUGAAAUGGUAACAGUCGCAAAACAUGCUGGCCAUUCAGUCAAAAAGUGUUGGGUUACUAACAAGACCAUCGCCUUAGAUAUGGUGUGUAAACAAAUCAUUGAUAUUGUUCAUAACGAAAGAUACAAAUUCGUGAAGUUCCUAAAGGAAAACUGCUUUACUUACGCUGAGGAUCUACGGAAGAAGGCUCUGGGUGGCUAUUGUUUGGGUGACUACCACGACGGGACAGUCGGACCGUAUAUCACUCAGCUUACCGGUAUGACGGCUUGGGAUGAUGAGGUGACAAACCUUAGCUUUGCCUGCUCUUCUGGGAAAUACUAUCAUCGGAUGCCAAUCCUGGUAAUCCUGGCACUUCGUAUUUUGCAGCCGCUCAGGUCUCAACACUGCUCGCUAUUAGAUCCGUUCCCCGCCCAAUACAAGAAGCUCCCAGAGCAUCUGAUCGCCGGUGCAUGCGGGAUGUACACCAUUUUCUUCAGGCGUCGACUUCCCGGAUACCCGUGUGCCAAAAUUUCAUCCGAAGCAUUUGAGAGGGAGGCAGCCCAUCACCUGGAGCUCCUAAGGUCUAUCCGCUGGAACACAGACGAUGAGGCCCAUAGGCUGAAUAUAUGGAUCAAUACCCAGGAGGGCCCGAAUGGAUGGUUGCAAGACCUGCGAACGGUCCACACUCUUUGCAACUUCCAAGCCCUUCUGACAAACGGGAUUCUACAGAUGGGAGAAUUAGCCGACACUCCAGAAGAAAAUUUUACAGCCGAGGAACGACACGAGCAUCGCGUUUUCCAAGAACUUCUCAAAUCUGUGGCAGGCUUGGAAGAGUGUUUGAUGCAAGGUGGAGAUGAUGAGGUUGAUGCCAUUGCGGAGCUGGCAAGUAUCCCAUUUUUCUGUGUCUGCAAAGUUAUCCGUUUAUAUCACAUAUCGUGUCAGCUCACCAAAGGCGCAUCUGGAGCAAGAGGUGAUGAUACAAAAAGUCUCAAAGGCAGUGUCCUCAAUUGGAUUACCCCAAAGGGACAAAAUCUUGUUCCUCCUCUCGCUCGCAACAUCAAAGUUGACCACGGUUUUCACCAUGAACGGACAGGUGCACUACUUUGUCCUGCUGGCCUCAACUGGUCCAACUCCAAGACGAAAGCUAAACUUAAGAGCAGCGAGAUCAUUGUGACUGGAGAUCAAUGGCUGCUGUUCUUGUACGCAGACUACCAUUACGAUCCCGAGGAUCCAUGGAAUGGCCUCUUUCGAAGCACCUUGCUUACUCUUAGGCAUAUAGACAUGUCUUCACGUCCCCCAGUUCUGUGGACAGAGAGCCAAAGGCAACCUGUUAUGACUUGGAUGGUAUCUGUUGGUGACGCUCAAACAGAGCGUGUGUCGUCAACAGUCGAGGACGUCCUUGGGCUAGCCCAAGGUUAG